AUGGGCCAAGUCGGAUCACUUUUGUUUGGCCCAACCUGGGAGCCAAGUCGACAAGUUCGCGUGAAGACCGGUCUUGUUGGUGGCAAAACUUUUACAUUCGAAAACGGACGACAAAUCGACGCAUUUUUGAAUAUACCAUUUGCUAAAGCACCAUCUGGAACUUUGAGGUUUAGAGUAAGUGGUAGAUUUUUCGAACUUUUGAAAAAAUUUUUUGAAUUUUGAUUUUCCCGCCAAAACUAAAACUUCAAUUUAGGCUGAAUAUCGACCAAAAAUGUUGUAACUUGAUAAAAAAAAUUUAAAAUUCUUUUUAUUUCUAAAAAAUUUUACAAUGCAAAUCAUGCUUUUUACACAGUAACUCCUACUGUAACAUUCCAGAAACCCCUACCUCCAGAAAGCUGGUCGGGAGUACGAGAUUGUACUAAAUUCGGACCCAGAUGCCCACAUGAAGAUGUCUCAAUUGAGAAAUUUACUACGUUUCAAACGAAAAGUGAAGAUUGUCUGAUUUUAAACGUAUUUGCACCAACUUACGCUGGUCCUAACACCCCAGUCAUGUUCUUCAUCCAUGGCGGAGGUUUCGCUAUGCACUCUAGUGCUCACUAUGGGGAUCAUGGGAUCUGUCGGUAAGUAUUAUUACUGUACAAAUGUAGUUAUUUUCAAUUUACAUUGUUUAUGUGAAGUAUUGACAGUACCAAAGUCUAGUACGCCUGAACAUGGCCCAAUAUUUGUAAACUUAUUAGGUGCCGACAUAAAGAACCCGCCAUAUUUUACAGGAAAUUACAGGCAAAGUAUGGCGAGUUCUUUAUGUCGGCACCUAAUACACUAUACUUCUAACGUUCAACUACACCUUUUCAGAAACCUCUGCUUAAAAGACGUCAUCGUGGUCACCGUGCAAUACCGUCUCGGCUUCUUUGGCUUCUUAUCGACCGGCGACGAGAACUGCCCCGGUAACAUGGGCCUCUGGGACAUGACUAUGGCUCUAAAAUGGGUAAAUGUGAACAUUGAAGCCUUCAACGGCGAUCCCAACAAUGUUACAGUAUUUGGCCAAAGUGCUGGCGGCGCUUCUACUGAUUAUUUAAGCCUAAGUCCUCAUUCUAACAAGUACUUUCACAAAAUGAUACCAAUGAGUGGUACUGCAUUGAACGGGUUCGCUAUGAACGAUUCGAGUCAUAUUAGGGAGAAAGCUUGGAAUUAUGCUAUACAACAAGGUUUCAUACCUCCGAGGAGUGGUAAGAAAGCAGUUUAAAAAUGGAAGUUAGGUGGAAGAUUUUCAGUGCAAAAUACAUUACAAAUCUUCCACCAAACUUCCACUUCUAAAAAUGUCAAAAACGUGUUUUUAGGCUAUUUUAAGACAUUUGAAAAAUGGAAGGUAGGUGGAAGAUUUUCAGUGCGAAAUACAUUAUAAAUCUUCCACGGAAAUUCCACUUUUUUAACCUUUGGCGCACCCUGUAUUUCAUCCACUUCGAUUUUUAAAUAAAAAAUUCAUUUUUAUUACCUAAAAACCUGUUUUUCAGCCUCAAAAUUCGAUCAAAACAAAGCCCUAGUCGAAUAUAUGCAACGUUUACCAGCUUCGGCGGUCGAAAUUGGUAUGCUCGGACGUGCUGGCGUGAACGAAGGCGGUCGGUUAGAUCUGACUCCAGUAUACGAUGGAGACUUCUUUCCUGAACCUUUUGAUAUUUUACGCCAAAAAGCACCGGCGAAACCUUUGAUGACAGGGAUUACGGAAGUGGAGGGGCUACUGUUCAGUACGUUGCUUUACCUCUUCAUGCGCACCAGAAUCCGGCGUCUAACAAGUCAGCGGUUGAUUUUUUUCGUUUGAACUUGACCCCCGAGUGACAAGCUUUGCUGUGUGUUUUUGUGGUAUAGGAAGUGUUUUAGUAUUAGUACUAAAGUACUAUGAAGUAUUAGGUGCCGACAUAAAGAACCCGCCAUUUUUUACAGGAAAUUACAUGCAAAGUAUGGCGGGUUCUUUAUGUCGGCACCUAAUAUUUUAGUAUUAGUACUAAGGUACUAUGAAGUAUUCUAGCAUUAGCAAUGUGGCCUUGGUACUAAAAGUAUCGCAGUCGUAAUACUAGGGAGUACUGUAGCUUUGGCCUUAUGAAUCACUGCACCUUCACCUAUUAACAAGUCAUCCGCUGCUUGCUAGCCGAUUCUGAAGCUCAAAUCUUACCCAAGCCUUAAAUUUUUAAAAUUUAAUAACGUUGUACUUUUAGCGGCCAUAAAACCGCCUCGAGGCAGCUUCAAAGAGGAAAUUCGACGGCAAAUUGUUUUUGAUUUUCAAAAACGUAAAAUUCAUGAUCCAGCCAGGGAGAAAAUGAUCUUUGACAUGUACUUGAAUGAGGUAGAAAAGAACAACAGGGAUCAGUACGUGACGGCGUGUAUGACGGUGAGUUUAUAAUCUUUACCCUACCCUACUCUAUUACACUUUUCUGACUACAACCACUUUCAAAUUUUCAGUUAGUAUCCGAUAUGAUCAUAGCAAAUGGCGUAUGGGAGUUGGCCGACACUACAGUACGAUUAAACAAAGGAGCACCAACAUACUUGUACUCAUUUGACUACCAUAACCCAGACGGCUUUGGCCUAGCCGGCUUGAUAUUCCCAUUCAAAGCUGCGACACAUUGCUCGGAAUUACCGUAUCUUUUCGGCAAAGGAAUUAUCGCUUUGUUUAGACCAAGCGAAGCUGACAACAAAAUGGUCGAUUUCUUCACGACAUUGUUCACAAACUUUGCCAAAUUUGGGUAUGUUGUAAAAAAGGCAGUAAUCUUUUUUAAAGAACGUAAAAUGGCGAAAACUUUCUUUACAACACAUCAAAAUUACUAAAAAACCUUCAAACAGACCAAAAAAUAUAAUUUUCUGCUUUUCAGGGUUUUCGUGGUGGGACCCAGAAACAUAAUCAAAUACAAUAUAUUUUCUAAUUUCAGUGAUCCAAAUGGCAAAGGGAAUCCUCAAAAACGCUGGGAACCUUUAUCCUUGGACGACCCCAACCGCUUCUACCAUAUUGACGUAGAAGACUCGGAGAUGCGGACCGGCUUCUGCGGCGGUCGACCACAAAAAUGGCGUCAAUUUUUGAAGCCGUGCGAUUGUGGCCAACGUGUGUGUUCCAAGGAGAAUCUCAAAGGCAUGGAUGACAAUAAUAAUGACCUUAAAAAGCUGGAUAAAACCUUGGCCAGCGACGAAGUGACCCAGUUCACGUUGAUCGAAGAGUACGCUGAAUAA